UUAUAAAAAAAAUUUAAAAUUUUCAUUGUUAUUCUAAUUUCAAACACCUUUGAACAAAGUAAACCUGAAAUACUUGUUAAUUGUUCUAAAUGAAUCUUAUUUUAAGGUUGAUUAAUAAAGAGAAAGGAAAUGAAAUAGAUAAGAAAUAAAAAGAAGAAAGAGAAAUGGGAGAAUGAAAAUAAAUAAGGAACAAUGUGAAAAUCUAAUUAUUUGGUUUAAAAAAAAUAUUAUAUAAUUUUAAUAAGUUAAAAAGAAAUGCAUGAGAAAUAAAAUAUAUAUUAAAAUAUAUAGGAAAAUUAAAUCAAGGAAAAAAAAUAACAUCAAUGAGGUAAAAUUGUCCAAUCCCCUAUAAUGGGUUGACGUACAAGUGACGAUUACACUGUAUCUGUAAUGAGUUAAAUAAAUUAAAAAAUAAAAUGAAAAAAAGGAAAAUCGUUAUUGUUCCUUUGAAAUAAUUGAGGAGGAUACAUAACAACAUAUGACAAUAAUAGGAAAUUAUAAAGGUAAGAGUCACCUCAAAUAGACAAGUAUAGUUAGAACUAGUGUUCUCCUAUAUUUGGUUUUUUGUUAUCAUACAUAAAAACAAUACUCGUGUUGGUCACAAUUGAAAAAUUGAAAUGUGAAAACCACUGUAACAAGAAAAAAGUCACGUAUCAGAAAAAGGGAGAAACUAUGGCGGAUACGAUACCUGCAUGUUAUGAGGUAUCUGUACUUAAUCCCAAUCGAAUUUGGCAAACUGAUAAUGUCCUUAAAACAGAACUUCCUAUUCUCGCCUUUCAAAUUGCCUUCGCAGUUGUGUUGUCUCGUUUUUUCUUCUUUAUCUACAAACCUCUUCAUCAACCUCGUCUUAUUUCACAGAUCUCUGUUGGUUUCCUACUAACUCCACCAUUACUUGGGAGAUACACAACAAUUUUUGAGUUCAUCUUUCCUGCAAAAGGGGUCCUUAAUAUUGAAGUCCUGGCAAACAUUGGUCUCAUCUAUUAUGCAUUCCUUAGUGGUUUGGAGAUGAACUUAAAUACCAUUCUACAAGUAAAAAAGAAGGCUGCAAGCAUUGCAAUUGCCGGGAUCAUCUUUCCCAUGGUGAUGGCACCAGGCCUGUAUGCUCUACAUCGAAAAUUUUACAGCAGUAAUGACAAAAAUCGCCUUGAAGAAAGUACAAGUAAUGCUUAUUUACUUUGGACUUUAGUUCUCACUGUUACAGGUUUUCCUGUCCUAGCUCACACACUUUCUGAGCUCAAGCUCCUUUAUACUGGUCUUGGUAAGGCUGCUUUAACAGCAGCCAUGAUCAGUGAGACCUAUGGUUGGAUUCUUUUCACUUUACUUGUUCCAUUUUCAAUUACUGGUAAGAGAGCUAUUUACUCGGUGGUAAGCACGACAUUAUUCAUUGUUGUCUGCAUCUAUCUGGUACGUCCAAUCAUUCUGCGGUAUAUUGAUCGCAAGACAGACGAGGAGGAGUGGGAUGAUAACCAAUUACUCUUUGUGGUGAUGGGUUUUAUAGCUUGUUCAUGUAUUACAGAUAUUCUUGGCACACAUGGCAUUGUUGGGGCUUUCGUAUACGGAUUAAUUUUACCACAUGGGAGAUUUGCCGACUUGGUGAUGUCAAUUUCAGAUGAUUUUGCUGGCGGGUUUCUGGCACCACUCUUCUUUGGUGGCACCGGAAUGAGACUUAUAUUGACCACGAUUUUCUACCAGGCACAUUGGCCCUUAACAUUGUUGGUUAUAGUCUUCUUGUGCGUUCCAAAGAUUUUAAGCACUUUAUUUGCCACUUUCGUCUUUGGUAUGCAAGCUCGAGAUGGAUUAUCCCUAGGCUUACUUCUGAAUACCAAGGGUGCCAUGGCUCUGAUAAUGCUAAACAAUGCAUGGGAUCGAGCGAUUUUUUCUUUACCUACCUAUGCCGUUAUUACUUCUGCUGUUAUUCUAAUGACUGUGAUAGUGUCUCCUGUCAUCAACGCCAUCUACAAACCAAGAAAGAGAUUUCAGCAAAACAAGCUAAAAACUAUACAAAAAUUAAGAGUUGAUGCAGAGCUUCGAAUUAUAGCAUGUGUCCACAAUACUCGCCAAGCCACAGGCAUGAUCAACAUCAUUGAAUCUUUUAAUGCCACAAGACUUUCCCCUAUACAUGUUUCUGCCAUGUACCUCAUUGAACUUACUGGACGUGCUGCUGCACUUGUUGCUGCACAUAUGGAGAAGCCGAGUAGCCAACCCGGAGUACAAACUCUCACCAGAUCACAAGCAGAGUUAGAAAGCAUUGCCAAUACCUUCGAUGCAUUUGGAGAGGCAUAUGACGCUAUCAGAAUCGAGACCUUAAAUGUGGUGUCAGCCUAUGCAACCAUUCAUGAGGACAUAUACCACUCAGCUAAUGAGAAACGCACAAGCUUAAUUCUCCUUCCAUUCCACAAACAUUUAAGUUCAGAAGGUGCGCUUGAAGUAACCAAUGCUGUAUACAAGGAUGUAAACCAAAAUGUAAUGCAACAUGCACCUUGCUCUGUGGGAAUCUUUGUUGAUCGUGAUUUUGGGUCAAUUCCCAAGAAGAACCUUCGUAUUCUUAUGCUUUUUGUUGGGGGCCCUGACGAUCGUGAAGCCUUAGCUGUAGCAUGGAGGAUGGCAGGACAUCCAGGAAUCCGGCUAUCAGUGGUCAGGAUUCUGUUGUUUGAUGAAGCGGCAGAAGUACAUACUUCAAUUCACAAUGAAACGCAAGGGAUAUUGUCUGCUGUAAUGGAUAGUGAGAAGCAGAAAGAGUUAGAUGAUGAGUAUAUAAAUUCAUUUAGACUUACGGCAGUAAACAAUGAGGAUUCUAUAUCCUACUCAGAGAUUGAAGUCCAUACUGGUGAAGAUAUUCCCAAAGUUCUCAACGAGCUACAAAAAAUUGGUUGUGAUUUAUACAUAGUUGGACAGGGGAAUUGUAGGAACACUCGGGUGUUCUCAAAUUUGUUAGAAUGGUGUGAUUGCUCAGAACUUGGAGUUGUAGGGGAUAUUUUGGCGUCAAAGAAUUUCGGUUCGCGCUCAUCUUUACUAGUUGUUCAACAAUAUGGGUACGGAGGAAUGGCAUUUGCAAAGAAUCUCAACCAUGUGUCCACCAAUAUUCAUGGCUUUGAGUCGCUUGUCGUGCACACAGAAUAAGCAUUAGGAUUGGUAAGGAACCAACGUAUGUAGUACAAGAAAAAGGCUUGGUUAAGUGUGCUUACGAAGACUAAAGAAUAUUUCAUAUAGUACCAGGUUUUUGUUUAAGAUUAGAAUUGGUACCAUGACAGUAUUCAAAAAGCAACUGUGUCUCAUGUUACCAUACUAGUGUUCUUUUUUGGUCACGACUAUGAAUUAUUAAAUUAUAAAAAAUUAAUUGUAAAGAAUUGUUUAUUAUGAAA